GGAAAUGUCAGUUGUGGGACGCCACAGAACUUUUCAACGUUUUCUGGCUAUUUCAAAGGUUACUGAAAGUACUUCAUUUUGCAAAUCCUAUGCAACAUUAUCAGAUGAACAGAAAAAGAAGAUAACUGAUGGUCCAGGGCUUGGGGACUUUAUCCAUGGGAAUCCAUCGAGUGAUGCAGGAAACAUCAAAAUGAAAAAGGGAGAAAGAUUAAGGCUUCCAAAAUGGUUAAAGACAGAUGUAGCUAUGGGAAAAGAUUAUCAUAGAUUGAAGGAAAACUUGAGAGAUCUGAAUCUCCAUACAGUUUGUGAGGAGGCAAAAUGUCCAAACAUAGGAGAAUGCUGGGGAGGAGCAAAAGGGACAGCUACAGCAACUAUCAUGGUCCUUGGUGACACAUGCACAAGAGGCUGCCGAUUUUGUUCAGUGAAGACGGCCAGAAACCCCCCUCCCCCUAAUCCUAUGGAACCGAUCAACACAGCCAAAGCCAUCGCAUCCUGGGGAUUAGAUUAUGUAGUGCUGACCUCAGUGGACAGGGAUGACCUCCCUGAUGGUGGAGCUGCACACUUUGCUGAAACUGUGAGGGAAAUUAAAAAAAGUAAAUCAGAAAUUCUAGUGGAGUGCUUGACCCCUGACUUUCGUGGUGACCUGGAUUGUGUAGCCACUGUGGCAGACUCUGGUUUAGAUGUAUACGCCCACAAUGUCGAGACAGUGGAAGAUCUUCAAUGGUUGGUCAGAGAUCCAAGAGCAAAUUACAAACAGUCCCUAAAUGUACUCAAGUUUGUGAAAUCACAUAAACCUGAUCUUGUCACCAAGACCUCCAUAAUGCUAGGACUGGGGGAGACUGAUGAUCAGGUUAUGAGAGUCCUGGAGGAUUUAAGGAAGAUUGAUGUGGAUUGUGUGACCUUGGGACAGUACAUGCAGCCCACAAAGCGUCAUUUGAAGGUCAAAGAGUACGUCCAUCCUGACAAAUAUAAGUACUGGGAGGAAGUGGGCAAUAAACUGGGCUUUGCUUACACAGCCAGUGGGCCUUUAGUCAGGUCCUCAUACAAAGCAGGAGAGUUUUACCUGAAAAAUCUACUGAAAUCGAGGAAAGAAGUCUCUUCAGCUGCUGGGGUGGUGACAUAAUAACUGUAUUUUUUUUUUUUUUUUGUAUGUAUUAUUUAUUGUCGAGGGAAAUAACUCUUACUUGUCCAAAAUAUUGGAGCUUUGCAUUAGACUUAAAAAAUAUCACAGUUAUAGGUGCACUUAUAUGUAUGAACUUUAUGUGACAAAAGGAAUCUCUCCUAAUAUGUCUUAAGUGUUGGAAUUUACCAAUCAUUGAUCCAGAUAUUUUAAUAGGAUUAUAAGGCUUCUGAAAUGGCUCCAUAUAAAUAUACACUGUUGUUUUACAUUAUGAAAAUGUUUUUAUUUGAAAAUAAACACUAAAUAUCAAUCUGA